AUGCCGUCAAAAGCUUUUCCACUUGCUCACUCGCUAGUUCUUCAAUUUUUGGAAUUAAACAAAUUUCAUAAAUCUUUGAAUGCUUUUCGGGAAGAAGCAUCAGAAGUCAUUAUAGAGAACAACGAGAUAUUUAGUCAACCACCGGGAAAAAAUUUGAUUGAUCUUGUUGAUGAACAUUUAAUUUCUAGUAUGACCGAUGAAUUAGGAAAACUCAGUUUGCAACGACAAAUCGAGGAAGAACUGAAUCAUCCAGGCGAUGAAAAUAUUCCGCGUUUCUUGUAUGACACAUUUAAUCAGAUUCAUGAUUCAAGCAUCCUUUCGGUACGCACUCAAAAUCUUCCAGUCACAAAUUUCCUCGAAGGUGAAAAUGAAUACGCUUAUUCGGAUGUCACCGCGAUUGUCUCAGGAUCAGCGGACAAAUGUAUAAAAUUUACAUCAUUAUUGACGAGGGACACUUUUAAUACUUUACAAAUUCAUAAAUCUCCCGUAUUAUGCGUUGACUUUCAUCCUGAUUAUCCUACGUUGAUGCUGAGUAGUUCGAUGGAUUCUACGGUGUUGGUGAAUGUUCACACGAAUGAGACUAUUCAGACUUUUAAAGAGGAUUCGAAAUAUGUAGUACAUGCUCGAUUCUCACCUGACGGAUUAAUGUUUGCCACCGCUUAUGAUCACACGGUCAAUUUCUAUAAAAUGAUUCCGUCGGCAGUUCCAGAUACUCCAAAAUCUCCUGCAAGUCCUCGAAGUCCAACGUUUAAUCAGAUUGACAUUAAAUAUGUUAAGGUUCAUUCAAUGAAACUCACUGGAAAUGUCGAAGCAUUUUGUUUUCUACCAAAUAAUGAAUCUUUGGUGAUUGGAGUACGCGAAGAUAAUUAUCUUCAUUACAUUGACCUUGUGAAUUUUCAAGAUACAAAAUACAGUAUGAAUGAGAAUGGUGACGAACGGGUUUCUUUCACACCAAUGGACAUCUCUCCAUCCCCGCACAACAAUGGAAAAUACUUGCUAGUGUCAACAGACGACGAAUCAGGUCGCCUAAUUCUCUUUCUCACCAAUUCAGACGUUCAAAUACGAAAUUUUUAUGGCGCACAAGUCAAUAAAUUUUCUACGCCGCGUCAUUGUUGGCAUCCGAGUGGUAAAUAUUUCUAUGUGACUGACGACGCGAAAGGUGAUAUUUGUAUAUUUGAUGUGGCAACGGCAAAGAUUAUCGCGAGACUAGAAGGUCAUACGUCGAUAGUAAAAAGUUUAUGGUUUGAUGUGGAGCGUGAUCUAUUGAUUUCGUGCGGUUUUGAUAAAACGAUUAGGGUUUGGGGUGCUACUGACGUUAAUCCUGUCACUUCCGGGAAUGUUUCUGACGCCGAAAAAUAA